UGCCGCUGAACACGGGAGCGCGAGCCUUAAAGCCAACGGGAUCGCGCGCUCACAUUUAAAGGAGAAGCCGUGGGCUUCUGGUAGCCAGUUCGCUCACGUGUAAUCACGUUUAUAGCCUUGCGAUUGUAGUAUUACAAUAUUAUAUACAUACAUACAUAUAUAUGUAUUUAUUUUUUAUGAAUAUUACCGCGAGGACGUUAAUCGUAUAUCGGUUCUGACUACAGCCGUGUCGGUUUGGAUUGUCCUCGAGCUCUACGGAAGGAAAAUCGGUUAGAAUAAAUGGAUCCGGAGAUUUUAUUUUCCCAGCCCGAGACGGUGAUAAAGAAGUUGGUGUGUUCGCUGUUGUAACGUCGCUGCGCAGAAUAAAGUAUCCGGUUCUGUUCGUUACUGUCCCGCUCAGUAUUCGUCUCUACCGCCCUGUGUAGCCCGUUACAUCCCGGGAUUUCCUUCUUUUCUUUCCUUUUGUGUUUUUUUUUUUAUUCCUUUCAGUACGAACCGGGUGAAUGAUGCAGCUCCGGACCGUGUUGGAUGUGAAAGUGGUGGACGUGGAGAAAAGACGGCAUCCUUCCAAACACUAUGUUUAUCUCAUCAAUGUCACAUACUCUGAUUCCACGUCCCACGUUAUCUACCGGAGAUACAGCAAAUUCUUCGACCUUCAGAUGCAGCUUCUCGACAAGUUCCCAAUCGAGGGAGGGCAGAAGGACCCCAAAAAGCGCAUCAUCCCUUUUCUUCCAGGAAAAAUCCUGUUUCGGCGAAGUCAUGUUCGAGAUGUGGCAAUGAAGCGACUGCGCUUUAUAGAUGAUUAUUGCAGGGCGCUGGUGCGACUUCCUCCCCAGAUCUCCCAGAGUGAGGAAGUUCUGCGCUUCUUUGAGACCAAACCAGAUGACAUGAACCCUCCUGUAGAGGAUUAUGGUACCAAGCGCAAAUCAGUCUGGAUGUAUGGCCUACAGGACAGUCCCACUAAGUCUGAGGCCACAGGCCUGGACGGCAGUGAACCCAUGGUGCUGGAGCAGUACGUGGCUGUAGCCAACUACGAGCGGCAGGAGAACUCUGAGAUCAGCCUGCGCGCCGGCGAGACGGUGGACGUAAUCGAGAAGAGCGAGAGCGGCUGGUGGUUUGUCAGUACUGCAGAAGAACAAGGAUGGGUUCCUGCUACAUAUUUGGAUGCUCAGGCUGGCACCAGAGAUGACCUGGACUUGGGAACAUCUAGAUCAGGAGAGGUUACUAAGCGGCGCAAGGCCCAUCUGAAGCGACUGGACCGGAGGUGGACACUAGGGGGCAUAGUCAACCGCCAACAGAGUCGAGAGGAGAAGUACAUCACUGUUCAGCCAUACACCAGUCAGGGUAAGGAUGAGAUCGGGUUUGAGAAAGGAGUAACCGUGGAGGUCAUUCAGAAGAACCUGGAGGGAUGGUGGUAUAUCAGGUACUUGGGCAAGGAGGGCUGGGCCCCAGCUUCAUACCUGAAGAAGCCAAAGGACGACCUCUCCCCAAGGAAGAAGACCAUGACUGGCCCUGUGGAAAUCAUUGGUAACAUAAUGGAGAUUAGCAAUCUGCUAAACAAGAAAGCCGUCAGCGAAAAGGAUGUGCAGACAGAUGGAGAGGCCACUACACCAGAUCGUCACAUCUCCAAGAGCGAGAUCAGUCUUCCCAUGCCAUGUGCCCCUGAAGCAGAACAGGCUUCAAUGACAGCCAGCCCCGCCCCAAAGGCAGUUUUGCAGUCUGUAUGUAGUGCCACCCCACAAGACACUAAGCCAAAGGCAGAGCCGGGCUCGCCUGCUAUAGCAAGAGUUGCGCCACACAGAGUGGAGAUCGGAUUUGAAGCUAUAGGAUCUCCCAACCUCAGACAGAAACCCCCCCCUCGCCGAGAUACAAAUCUGGGAUUCCAGCUGCCAAAGCCUCCAGAGCCCCCUACCGUGGAAACAGAGUACUACACCAUUGCAGAGUUUCAGUCCUGCAUCUCAGAUGGCAUCAGCUUCCGUGGAGGACAAAAGGCUGAUGUAAUAGAGAAGAACUCUGGUGGCUGGUGGUAUGUCCAGAUUGGGGACAUGGAGGGUUGGGCACCUUGUUCCUACAUUGACAAGCGCAAGAAGCCUAAUCUAAGCAGGAGAACUAGCACACUCACUCGGCCCAAAGUGCCACCCCCAGCACCACCUGUCAAAAAGCAGGAUUCUGAGGACAUUACUUGUCCCAGUGCUUCUGCCUCCAAAGCUCCAGAAUCCCCCAAUAGACCUGUAUAUGAGGAGCCAGAGUACGACAUUCCCGCUAUGGGAUGUGACCUGGAAGUGGACACAGGCAUUAUAAAAAAGGAGCCUCGUCUUGUGCUUAUAAAAAGCAGCAAAGCUGCUGCUGAAAGGAUUGCUCAGGCUACCGGCAAAGCCUCACCUCUUUUUACUGUGAAGACUUCCCCCUUAAGGAACGAACACUCAGUAGAAGUAGUCACCAGAGAAGAGGCAAUUUAUGAGAAUGAUGGAUUUAGAUACGCCUCUGAUGACUUUGUCUCUGCCAGAGAAUCUAUUGCCGUGGGUUCAGAAUCACCAAGAAGUCGUACUUUGGGCCGCAAACCCCUGGGGUCCUCAUCUGCUGGAGGAAAAUCUUACAGGGACACUCAAGAUCUGCGAACUCAGUCACUAACCCGUGGUGAGAAGACCAGCCCAAGGUUGUCUUCAGAUGAAUCUGGCCGUAAUCCCAAAAGGGAGCCAGUUUUACGCAAGGAUGUGGAGCUUCGAAUUGGUCAGAGCCCCUCAACUCGCCCCAAGCCAGUGGUUCGACCCAAGCCCCUAUUGACCAAGUCUGAAACGCAGAGCCCGGAGAGGAUGGACAUAAGUAGCUUGCGACGGCAGUUGCGUCCUGCCGGAAUUCGGCAUGGGAUGGUCCGUGCACGUGGUGGAGAAGACUCUGAGACUGCAUCAGUGGUGUCAUCAGAGGAUUCUGUAACUUCCCGUAGCACAUCAGAUCUAUCCAGCACCUACUCUAAGGGCAGCAGAGGGGACUCCGAUUAUGAGGGUACUACCUCAUACCGUACUACAGAUGCAUAUGAGCGGGCACAAGAAUCUGAGAUCAGCAUUCCUGCUGGUGUGGAAGUGGAGGUACUGGAAAAGCAGGAGAGCGGCUGGUGGUACGUGCGGUGGGGUGUAGAUGAAGGCUGGGUACCUACAUUCUACCUAGAGCCUAUUAGGCAACCUUCAGAUGCUGGUGUCUCAGAGUCUCAUGAUGGAUCCCUGGCAGAGCUGAGCAACACCAGCAAGUCGAAUAGCUUAGAAAAGAAUGAGCAACGUGUUCAGGCUCUCAAUAACCUAAAUCAGCAGAAUCUACGUCGUGCAACAAAUCCCAGUCCUCCUAUUCCCAAUAAGCCACCGGGUGGUUUUAGUAAGCCAUCCCCUCAGCUCAACGGUUCAAGUGUACGAAUGCGGAAUGGCAUUCGUCAGGCAGCUGUGCGACCACAGUCAGUUUUUGUGUCCCCGCCACAGCCUGUGAAGGAUACCAAUUUAUACACAGGGUCCUUAAGGCGUAACGAAUCACUAGGUGCCGGCGAUCAUAUGAGGUCUAGUGGUGGUGUGCGUCGAAACUCUUCCUUCACUGCUGUACGCCCACAGCCUGUUACCGAUGUAAGGAUGAGGUCUGGAACUACCACAAUUGCACCAGCAGGAAGCUCUAGUCCAUUGAUUGCUCAGAGAAAUGGAAUUCCAAUCUCUACAGUGAAGCCCAAACCCAUAGAGAAAACACAUCUCAUCCAUAACAACCUACGGGAAGUCUAUGUCUCUAUUGCAGAUUAUCGUGGAGACGAGGAGACUAUGGGCUUCCCUGAAGGCACCAGUCUGGAGGUUCUAGAAAAGAACCCUAAUGGAUGGUGGUACUGCCAGGUUCUAGAUGGCCUUCAGGGAAGGAAAGGCUGGGUGCCAUCCAACUACCUUGAAAGAAAGAAAUAGCACCAACUCACCUCCCCAAAGAAUGUUAGUUAAAUUUAAAUGUACAUUUCCUAUCAAACUCUAUGAGGAGGACCUUUUUGUAUCAAUGAGACACUUUAGUGCUGGUUUACUUAAAAAGUACAUAAGACUCUAAAUAUGAUCAGUUAUUUGUAAGUGGAGUACGCAAGUACGAAAAUGCCAUCAAGCAAACUGGGCUAACCCAGUGUCUUAAGCAUCAUUGGAGAAUAAUGUCUCCAGUCUGAAAGAAGAAUAACAGAAAUGAUUUUGAUAGAAUAGAAGAUCCAGGCAAAUGUUGAGAGAAAUUUUAUGCCAAAUGGGUGCCUUUGUCCAUCAUUGACUGAAUGUUAAACGGAAUAACUUAAACACCGGUGAAUCAGUAUAAGUACCAAACAUGGUGCCAUAGGCCUGUUAGUGCAGAAAUCAACCAAAACUAUUUUUGCUAUAAAAUUACAGAAAAAAAGAGAACCGGAGGGAUUUCAGUAUGGGAGUAACACACAAAACAAGUGGGCACUCAAAAAUAAGAAUGUAAGACAUCGGUUACGCAAAUAACAAGUGGUUGUUACCGUUGAGUGCAUUUAACGAUUACAUUUGAUUUUCUUAUUUUUAAACUUUUGUUCAGUUUUUGUAAUUGCUUUAUUCGCAUCUUGUGCAUUUUCAUGUCUUCCUUAGAGACGUAUUUCUGCUUUCUUGUGACAUCCCAGCAACUCUAUAAGCCUGGAAAAAGAAGUCCCUCAACGUGAUAUUUGUCAUGUUAUCUUUCAUUUUUCUGAUGUGUCUCUGAUGAGGGUUUCGUUAAUUGGCAUUACGUUUUUCCCUUCACUUAGCUAUAAAGCCCAGCCAUCAUGAAUAAAGGUCACUGAUUCAUUAAAGAACAAGAUGUGGUGCCAUUAUGUGUAACUCAGAUCGACAGGAAAUUGGAUUCGCUACAAGUUGGAUUUGAAUACUUUUAACCCACCUCACAUCUGGGUACAAAUCCCAGACCGAGUUUAGUUUGCAAAAUUGCACAAAAAACAAAACAAAAACAGGUUAUAUUGCUGCUUUAGGUCUACUAUAUUUACUGUUAUUAAAUUUUCAUACUGGAAUAUUUGCUUAACGUUCGCCAGUCUAUCCCAGGGAAUUAGUUACAUACAAAUGAGCCCAAAAUGUGAUCAAACGAAAGCAAAAUGUCAACACAUUUGCUAGUUUGUUUUGUUUUAGUAUUUAUUUUGUGGUUACAAAGAAACCGAUGUAGUCAGUGAACCCAAACGAGGUUUUAGAACUGAGCAAAAAAUAGAUAUUUAAUUACUGUAUCUGGAAGCACUUGAUUCUUUUUUUCUUUACCCACAAAAAGCACAUUGAUAUGCUAGGUUAAUUUCAACAUAUAACCAUAUUGCUGGGCAGUAUUGGCGUCAAAGUUGAAGUUACACAGCAAGCAGUUCAGCUUCAUUUUAGAUUGUGUUUUCCUUGAUUUAAAAAAAUUAAAUAAAUAAAUGUACAAGUGUAAUUUCAUGUAUGGGUUAAUUCAAUUUGAAUAGUCAUUCUUUCCCAAAUUAGUAGUUAUUUAUUAAUAAAAUAAAAUUCAAUUUAAUCCCCAUCUUUGAAGGACCCUAAUUCAAAAAUAAACAUAUGGAUGCGAUCCAUGUCAAAAGGCUGAUGUUCAAGACUGCUGAAAUAUUUUUCUAACGAACAGUGCUGUGUGAACUCUUAGUCAGGUCAAGCACUAAUGUGGUUUUUUUUGUGUUGUUUUUCUGCUGGACAGUAUUAUAGUAUUAAACAAAGUUAAAUACCUGCUAGAUUGCAGUUAUAUUCUAUUAAGCUGUAGCUAGUUUUUGUUUUCUCUUCCUUUUGUUCUUGUUGUGUGAUCACACUCAGACAAUAAUGAUGAACGGAGUGGUUCAUUUGUUGUGAGAUGGUGCAUUCUUUUGGUAAAUCAAAAAUGCAUCUAUUUAAAGAUGCAGUGUACUUCAUCAGCACAUUAUUUAUUGAACAAAAAUGUUUUUGGGUUUUUUUUUUUUUUUUUGUAUUUAUGAUUAUUUAAUUCUUUUUAAUUCUUACCUCUCAUUUUGCGCUCAGUGAUUUAGCCACUGCUUAAAGACUCCACAGUGGCGCCCUCUAGUGAAACAGAUUGGCUACUGCUAUAUUCUCUUUUAUAUUUUUGGACUGCCAUUGAUCUGAGGAUAACUGAGAUUUUUUUUCCCACUAUUUUUUAAAAACAAACGCAGGUAAACAUUUAUUCAUAUAGAAUCUAUUUUAUCAGGUCAUGUUUUUUCCCCUACACUUUAUUUUUUCGUUCCAAAAGCUGAUUGCUGCACCUUUAGCAACCAUGGACACUUCCUCUCUCAUUAUUGGAAUUUCUAUAAUGCCAGAUAUUCUGUUCGUUUCAUACCUAUACACUUUUUCUUUAAUUUGGGGGGAAAAAAUCUCUAAUACGAAUUACAAGAUCAAUUUUACAAAGUGCUUCAGUCAUUCAAAAUGAAAUCAUUUAUUUUGGUUAGGAAUAUCAGUUGGAAAAAAAAAGGUUUGCUCAAUUUAAAGGAGUUUAGUAGAAUUUGGUUUCAUUUCCCCACCUCCCCAAAUCCCCACCCUGACGAAGGCAUUAUAGAAACGUGUCGACUCACUCCAACACUUUGAAUGGAUAUUGCUUCUGUCGAGUAAAUCCCAUUUACAUUUUGCGCUUUUUUGUUUUGUUUGCAUCGACAAUUUACAAGGGAAAUAUUACUUCACGCUAGGCCUUUUUUUUUGUAUUAUGUCAUUUUGUAUCAUCUAUCCUUUAUGUUCGGUCUUCCUUUUUUUAAUCUAUAUAUUUUUUAUUGCGGUUUAUUAUUUCCUUUAUCCCUCCCCCUCCAUGUGUGUGUGUUUUUUUUUUUUUUGUGACACAAAUGUAAUGAGGAAAUGUGCAAUAGACUAAUCGGCAUCUCACCAAAAACAAGGAACUGUCAGAGGUUUUUUUUGAUACUGGAUCAGGACCCUUACUUUUUAAUGUCAGCUUUUCACGUCAAGUUAAAACAAACAUCACGUGUCAUUCCACAUUUUCCGAUCAAACGUUCUAAAUGUCCCGAUACACAGGACAGAUGGACAUUGGUGCCUGACUCCAUAGCAGGACUCUUAAAACUUUGUGUUGUCGCCAUUUGUGCUGUCGUAUUGCCACAAGACCACAUCUAACAAUAAUGCCUUUUUUUUCUGCCAGUGGGAUAAAAUUUGAAGUGGGGGACAUUGGAGUCUUCCUCCUUCACACUGCCAGUGUUUAAAUGUUUCCGUCCAACCCACUGGCUUGUUCGCUUAUUUUGAAUUUAAAAGCAGGACUUGGUAACCAGCUGUUGCUUCCAUCCAGCGUUUCACUCUGUACGUCUACAACCACUCAGAACAGGGAUUCUCAUAACCUCUUUAUUAACACAUCAGAAUAACAUUGUGUCGUGGAACAUGCUUUUCUUUUCUACAAAGUCCCUGUGAGACUCUUAUUGUUUGAAUGUAACAAGGCCACUUUAGUAUAAGAGUGUAGCUCUGUAAUAAAGACGAGAAAUUGUACUUUUUCUUGUUGGGAUAGAUUUACCUUCAGUUUGUGUCUUUUCCCUGGGAGGCUUUAUUAAAUCUAAUUAAAGCUGGCCGUUAAGAUCCAAGUAUGCACCUUAAGUCGUUUUAAACAAUGUUCAUGAUUCCGGGGGGAAGAUACGUACUAAAGGUAGAAAAUAUGCUCUCUCGAUGGUACCACCCUAUCGCUAAGGAAAAGUACAGUGUGUUCUCGUUAUUUCUGAGAGAACCAAGUAACUGGAUCAAAGAACAUCCAACAGCUCUUUUUUUUUUCUUUUUUUUUUAAAACAAUUUUAUCCUUGGUCUGAAGUGGAGGAUUUCAGAGGCCUUUUGAUCUAUCGGAUGUUCUCGUUCACUAGGGAAGUCACUCAUGAGAGCCCGAGCCUUUGGAAAGUCGGCCGAGUGACACAGAACUGAUGCAGCACUUCGAUUUGUGCUCGCUUGUCUUGCUGGCUAUUUUUCUUCACUGUUCACUGCACUCUUAUGAUGGGGGAAAAAAAAGGCAAAAAAGUUGCAUCCUAAAAGGUUCUUCAACAAGUCCUAACGGUUCUAUUUACAUUUACGGCAUCUGGCAGACGCCUUUGAGUGUCACAGAGUGACUUACGUUUUAUUUUUAUUUUUUUAACUGAGCAACUUAGGGUUAAGGGCCUUGCUCAAGGGUCCAGCAGUAGACGCUUGGUGGACCUGGGAUUUAAACUCACAACCGUCCCAUCAGUGGUCCAACGCCUUAACCACUAAGCUAAAACAGCCCCAGAAGAAACACUCCAGAAGAAAGGAUAGAAUUCUAGAAAAAUGGCAACUUUCCAAAGAACCUCUGAGGAGCCUUUUUUCUAAGAAUCUAUAUAUAGCAGUACAUUUUACACAACAGUCUUCUUGUGUGUUCCUUCACCAAAUCUGAGACAGAGGUUUCAUUAGCCCAUGAGCCAUGUUUACAAGUCUGGAUGUUUUUAUUUCUUAUGCUCUCUAAUAGUGUUUUAUUAGACUAUAGUCCUUGCCUCUGAUCAGUUGGUAUUUGUUUCAUCUGAAUAUAAGUCAGUGCAGGAGUGCUCGUUUUCAGCCUGUGUAUAAAUCCUUAAGGGCAGGAAUUGUACAAGAGUGAGUGCGUGUGUGUUGUGUGUGUGUGUGUGUGUGUGGCUAUGAGUGUGGGUAUGAACAUGGAGAAGGUUUGCAUGUUGCUAGGAUUUCUGAGAAGGUGGAAAGAGAAAGUUGAUCGAUGGACGGUGUUAGUUAGUUCAGGAGGUGGUUCGGGCUCAGUCAGGUGAUACCAGAUCAAGUUGGACAGCUGUGAUGUACCUGUACAGAUGCAUUCGCUCAAGUUGUAGCCCUGAAGAUAUGAAAUCUGACAGGUGUCGAGGAAAACUGCUAGAAACAGAAGACCAGGCUACAGAGAUAAUUAAUGGUCAGUCUGAGGCUUGUGUACCUCCGUGAAUCAUUUAUAGCCAAGCUGGGAAGCCCUGACAGCUCGUCUGAGGUUUUAGUAAAACCUUCUAGCCAGUGAAGCUUUGCCUCAGGCCUGCAUUUCUGAAAACGCACAGCUUAUUGCUAGUGCUUUAGUAGAUGAUUGCAUCUGGCAUCAGGGCCUUUUGGUAUUCCUCACGGAUCCGUUGUGGGCAGCCUUCAUUACAAAGCAGACGUUCAGAGCACUGCGGGCACCGUGCGCUGCUGUGAAAUCACAUUACCCGAGCAGCCAGUUAAUUACAGCUCUUUGGGGGUCGCAUCCUGAAUCCCAGUGACAGCUAACCGAGAAAAUGGAGAAGUGCGUAAGGAUUAAUGAUGUGUCAGCGAGGGGAAACAUCUUCCUAGCCGACGUGUGACUUAUUCGGAGGCGCUAUAACUUGAUCGGCGGCUCAACCUGACUCGAAAGACCUUUAGGCGAGGAGCUGAAAGAACGCUAGCUGUAUGUGUUGUCUGACGAGACAUAAGAGGUGUUUCUGAGGAAUUUCUGUAGGUGUUCAUGUUUGAGAUUUAUCUGGUGCUGUUGAUGUGAUAGAGCUGGAUCCCGAGUGGCAGGGUGCUGUGUUAUUCAUGCCAUCUUCUUGAUGAGAAGCAGCGAGGAACGGCGAUCACACAGAGUCUGUCUAAUGUCUCGCCGCUUGCUUUCUCUGACGCUGUAUGAUUCCUCUCUCUAAUUAUCAUUUCUCUCGUAUUAAUUAACAGUCAAGGAAAUAACAUCAUGCUGAGGCAGACGACGACUCGCUCCAAAGCCAUCAACCGCUGUGUGUUGCAUCGAGUCUCACUCUGCCGACAGUAAACAUGCCAUCGAGUGCCGGCUUUAUUAGCAGGGGGGCUUUUAAUAGCUUGCCCUCAGGAUCGGGUCUCUGUCAGUUACAUAGACUUCUUCUCCUACAAUAAUUUUGUUGGAUGUUCAGCACAUUUGUUUUUGAAAGCAGGUGGUCUACAGCUAUACUGUUUGUUUUCAGCAAUGUUUCAUUGUUUUAACUAUUAUGUAUUUUGUUCAUGUUUACAUUGUAUCCUGCAUUGACCUAAAAGAAGAAAAAAAAAACAAUAAAAUAUAUCAUUCUUCUGUCA